AUGGCUGCCGCAGUGAAAGAGACCGUUCACAACAUCCUUGACAAGAUUCAGGGCAAGGGUGAGAAUGCUCCCCGCGAGCCCUCUCCUCAGGAGCUUCAACAGCUGAAGGAGAAAUACGAAAAGGCGGGCCAAGGCCAGGUCUUCGCAUUCUUCGACGAGCUCAGUCCUGCCGAAAAGGGCCAGCUCUUCCAGCAGCUCUUGACUUUCGAUCCAAACCGUAUCAAUGAGCUUGCCGAUAGAGCCCUUCAUCCUCCGAAGACCUCCGCUGAGGAGCGAGCAAGCCUGGAGCCGCUUCCCGAAUCUGCUACUGCCUCGAUUCUCGACUCCGAUCCCAAAGACCUGGAGAGAUGGUAUAACGAAGGUCUGAAACUGGUGGGGGAAAACAAGGUUGCCGUCGUCCUCAUGGCCGGUGGACAGGGUACCCGACUAGGCAGCUCUGCCCCCAAGGGCUGCUUCAACAUCGGACUCCCCAGCCAAAAGUCUCUGUUCCAAAUCCAAGCUGAACGGAUUGCAAAGAUCCAGCUCUUGGCCGAGAAGGUGACCGGCAAGAAGGCGGUGGUUCCAUGGUAUGUGAUGACGAGUGGCCCGACGCAUAAGCCGACGGAGGAAUUCUUCCAGCAACACAACUACUUUGGGCUGGACAAGAACAACGUGACCUUCUUCGAGCAAGGUGUUCUCCCAUGUAUCUCUAAUGAGGGUAAGAUCCUCUUGGAGAGCAAGUCGAAGGUCGCUGUUGCGCCAGAUGGCAAUGGCGGUAUCUACCAAGCCCUUGUGACCUCUGGUGUGCGAGAGGACAUGCGACGCCGUGGAAUCGAACACAUCCAUACCUACUGUGUUGACAACUGCCUAGUGAGGGUGGCGGACCCUAUCUUCAUUGGAUUUGCAGCCUCCAAGAAUGUGGACAUCGCCACGAAGGUUGUGCGCAAGCGCAACGCUACCGAAUCAGUUGGCCUCAUUCUGCAGAAGAACGGAAAGCCUGAUGUGGUGGAAUACUCCGAGAUUGACAAAGAAACGGCCGAAGCUAAGGACCCCAAACAGCCGGAUGUGCUGAAGUUCCGGGCUGCGAACAUCGUCAACCAUUACUACUCCUUCCGCUUCCUGGAAUCCAUCGAGACCUGGGCUCACAAGCUACCACACCACGUUGCUCGGAAGAAGAUCCCGUGCAUCAACACGGCAACCGGUGAAACGAUCAAACCGGAGAAACCCAACGGCAUCAAGCUCGAGCAAUUUGUCUUCGAUGUGUUCCCUCUGACACCGUUAGACAAGUUCGCGUGUAUCGAGGUCAAGCGCGAGGACGAGUUCUCGCCUCUCAAGAACGCCAAGGGCACCGGAGAAGACGAUCCGGACACCAGCAAGAGGGACAUUAUGCAGCAGGGGCAGCGCUGGGUCCAGAAUGCAGGCGCGGUUGUCGUCUCAGAAGGGGACGCCGCAGGCGUGGAGGUGUCCCCGCUGAUCAGCUACGGUGGUGAGGGGCUGGAGUUCCUCAAGGGCAAGGAGAUCAAGGCGCCUGCCGUGAUUGAAAAGGAGAACAAUGCGUGA